AUCGGAACCGGCAGGGGCGGGGUUCUGCGUGGAGGGGCGGGCCCGGGACCCGCGGUCCUGUCCCGGGCCGGGUCUGGGCGUCAGCCGGGCCGUGGCAGGAAGCCGGAAGCAGCUGCGGUCCCAGCUCGGGAGAAAUGGCGGGCGUUAAAGCUCUUGUGGCAUUAUCCUUCAGUGGGGCUAUUGGGCUGACUUUCCUUAUGCUGGGAUGUGCUUUAGAAGAUUAUGGCGUUUACUGGCCCUUGUUUGUCCUGAUAUUUCACGCCAUCUCUCCCAUCCCCCAUUUCAUUGCCAAAAGAGCAACGUAUGACUCUGAUGCCACAAGUAGUGCCUGUCGGGAGCUGGCAUAUUUUUUCACUACUGGAAUUGUUGUUUCUGCCUUUGGAUUUCCUGUUAUUCUUGCCCGUGUGUCUGUGAUCAAAUGGGGAGCCUGUGGCCUUGUGCUGGCAGGCAAUGCGGUCAUUUUCCUGACAAUUCAAGGUUUUUUCCUUGUAUUUGGAAGAGGAGAUGAUUUUAGCUGGGAACAGUGGUAGCACUUUAUUCUGAUAAGUUGCAUUUUAUUUCUUAGAAGUCAUACUAUAUGUAUUUGUGUGCACAUGUGGGCUUUUACUAUGAAAUUUCAUAUGCUAUUUUUUUAUACCUUUAUAUCAUGUUCACUGUAAGAAGGACUACAUGAGAGAAAGCUUAGUUUUGUUUCCAGCUAAUAGACCUCUCCAUUUACUCAAGUUGAAUUCUGUUAUUUGUUUGGCUGUGCAUCUAGUCAUGGUGCUCUUAGAAGAUAUAUAAACACAGUCUUGUACACA